AUGGCACCUGUCCCUAUAUAUGUUAAAGGUGGUAUUUGGACUAACCUAGAAGAUCAAAUCUUAAAGGCAGCUGUUCAGAAAUAUGGAACACACGCAUGGAGUAAGGUAGCAUCCCUCCUUCAAAAGAAGAAUGCUAGACAGUGUCAAUCACGUUGGAACGAGUUCCUUAAUCCAGCGCUUAACUUUACUCCUUUUGAUGUUAAAGAAGACGAGAAGCUACUAGAUUUAGCAAAGAGAAUACCGAAUCAAUGGAGAACUAUUGCCGAAAUAAUGGGUAGACCAGCCCAGACUUGUAUUGACAGAUAUAACAUACUCUUGUCAGUGGAUAAAAAUAAGGAUGGAUUAGAAACUCAAAUGCAAGUUGGUGAAAUUAAUCCAAACAACGAGAGUCUACCAGCCAAGGAAGACAAGAAAGAGUUAGAAGAUGAAGAAAGAGAAAUGCUAGCUGAAGCGCGGGCAAGAUUGUUAAACACUCAAGGAAAGAAGGCAACCCGUAAGAUCAGAGAACGGAUGCUUGAAGAAAGUAAACGUAUAGCUUUUUUACAGAAGCGUAGAGAGUUAAAACAAGCAGGUGUUGAUAGUAAGAUUAAAGCUCCAAAGAAAAAAUACGAGUCUCAACUUGAUUAUAAUGAGGAUAUCGCUUAUGAACAACGACCGCUUCCCGGUAUAUAUGAUACGUCGAAAGAAGAUGAAAGAACGGAAUUACUUCUCAGGAAGUUUGAAAACUUAGUUGAACAGAAAGGUGUUUUCGACAGAAAAAACAAUGAAAGACCAAAAGAACUCCACAAGAGAAAGCAAGAAAAACAGUUGACUCCAGUUUCGAUAAAAGUAUCAGAGUCAACGAACUCAGUUCUUACCAAUGAAUACAAGAAGCCAAAACUACAGCUCUCUGCACCUAAAGUGAAAUUACAAAGUAAAAGUAUAAGUAAAAAAAAAUCAAUUAUCUACUUAUUUGAAUCGUUACCGCCUCCUAAAAAUGAUUUUGAGAUCGAGUUAGAUGAUUCCACAGUUGAAGAUGGUGAUGAGGAUGAAAAAAACAAUGAAUACGUUAACAAUAUUAAUUCCGAGUCGGAAGUACAGACCGAAAAUAAAUUGCAACCAGCACCAAGUGAUAAAGAUCACCAACAGAUAGUACCGAAAAUAUCCUCAAUCACAGAGCAAGCUCGUGAAGAUAAUACUGACAACAAUUUUGACGGUAGGAUAACGGGAAAUGUGGUCAAAUCUCCACAUCAAAAUCGAAAAUCAAUACAUGAGUAUCUGGAAUCAAUUCUCAGUAGUACAUCUGCGGUGGAGGUACCGGAAUCCUUACACCCAAAAUUGGAGGAACAUUUACAAUCUACUUCAAUAGACACUGAAAAUGAGAUCAUUAGGAUGCAAAAUAGAAUAACAGAACUUCGUUUGACUCUUGAAGAGUCUGUCAAACCAGAAAGGGAUUCUAUCUCAAGGUUGUCUCUACAACUACAAAAUACUUUAAAACCAGCGGUUUCAGGACUUGCAUACCAAUAUUACAUAGACUACAUGAAAUACACACGAGAUUAUCAUUUGAUGGCGGAAGAGAAAGAAAGGCUGGAGGAUAACCUUGAGCUUACCAAAAUCUCUGGGGACGUGUCUGUUUAA